CGUGCCUGGUUUGUUCUAUUUUUUGCGCUCAAACUCGCUGGCUCCUGAGGGGGCUGGGCCUUGUGAUGUGCUGGAUGAUUCUCCUUUGCCGUCGCCCGACGAGCCGAGCCCAAACCCUUUGUAGCAACCCUGGAAGACAUCCAUAAUGGAUGCUGAAGAGAAGAGCAAUAAUUUAACUUUCCCCGCAUUGCCACUCACUGGAAAUAGGAAAUCCAUAGGCGCAUCUGGCAUGAAAAUAAAGUAUAUAAUGCGACACCCCCAUCCGUUUGUCCUAGGAUCAUUAGCUAAUAUCUAGAAACGUCGCGAAAGCUUGUUAUAUAAUACUUUUCGUCAUUUUGCUCGGCUUCGCUCUCAUAUCCCGCCUCAUUUGCCGACUAUUCUCCUCGUGUAAGGCUAUUUAUAAUAUAAUAAUAAAUAAACCUGUUACCCUUCGCUGUGUUAAGAGGGAUAUCACGAUCUGAAGCAACUCACUCACCUAUAUUUCAAGUUUUCAGCGCUUCAGAAUAACCCAGACUCUCAGAAUACCAAUAGCUUCACCAAAACCAAAUAUCAAACAUGCCCUACAGCCUGGUUGAGCCUCAUCCCUCCAUCUCCCUCUCCCACUCAAGUCGUCCUGUCAUGCACACUUCUCGCGGAGGUGCAGGCAAUGUCGUCUCUGUGAAAACCACCACAACCGCACCAGGCCAAUCAGUCACUCACACGGCCCCGGCCACCCUUCGAGAUAACCGGCCACAGGAUCGCUUCACGUCCGGCCGUGGCGGCACUGGCAACGUACACAGCUAUGGUGAACAGGCCAUAUUUAGUUUCGACGAGGAGCUAGAACGCCAACUACGACGCGAGAAAGAGGUCGCCCCCGUUUUCCACGUAGGAAGGGGAGGCGCAGGAAACAGGAUAAUACCGGAGGGGUUCGAUCUGUCGCGCAAAUACAGCGGAGGGAGCGUGAAGAGCGCAUCGAGUACUGAAUCCAUAGACGCGGAUCCGCUCAAGAAUACAACAAGGAGGAGUCUUGAAGCGCAGUGGGGAAAGUUUAUGGCCUACUCGUGAUAGGACUCCACAUGGCUGUUUUCUUCGAGAAGGGGGGGGCGUCUUUCUAUCUUAUCUGAUUAUCUCUAAAGUCUAUCACACUCUUCCUGCGGCCUUACACAUGUUCAUUCCUGAUUACUCUUUUCGCAACGACUUACGAGACCCACGAUUAACUGAUUAACUAUCCAAAAAAGCACCUCUUAUUUUCCUUCUACCCUCUUCGUCGUCCUCGUUCCGCUUCUUCUACUCCUCAGCAUGGAUAACUCACUUUCCAUCAAUUCCGAAGCAACUUUGUUCCCUACUGAGAUGGUAUUCCCGAUAGAGAGCCAUGAAUCAUAUUUGUUGUUGACCUUUCAUCGUCCAUAGAGAGGAAUAUUCGACCCUGAGGAGAUACGCUUCUUCUCAGCGUAUAUAUUUCACAUGAGUCGGAUGCUUCUUUUAUUUAAAAAAAAAAAAAAAAGAAAAAAAAUACUCCCGUUUCUAAAUCUCAGCUACCUCCCCCACCACGGGGCUAUUGCUAUGAUUUUGCUGUUGCCACUUCUACCUUUGUUUCCAUAUAUUACAUGUUGGAUCCAUAUUCACAUUUUAUUCAUGAAAACGAAAAUGUCAAAAUGCCUGGGACUGGGACAUACUCAUAUAAACACUUAUUUUACUCUUUAUUGUGUUGAAUUAGAGACACAGUGAAUGCCAAGAUAGGAUUUCCAAUGCCGCUUUUUUAAAUGAACCAUGGGAACUUGCCAGGACGAAUUUCCAUAUUUAACUCCCAAAUCCAAAUAGCCAACCCCCCCCCGAAAACGGUUCCAUAGAAGACUUAGUUGGUUGCCCAUUGAUACCCAUCUGUUACUCACUCUACAGUUCAUCUCCCUUGCCGUGCCUCACACAUCUCGCCGUUUAUAUCUAUCUAGUGGAUAUAGGCCCCUUUAACUCCGUUUUUUGGCUUUUGAAGAACGACCAGUUUCACACAAGUAUAUACGUAUAAUAAUUAAUCCAGCCAGCUGGAAAUAUGAAAUGAAAAAAAUUAAAGAAAAAUAAAAAUUAAAUAAAACGAAUCCGGCUGAACGAAUUUUCCCUGAAUAGGGUUCAAAGCUAUUUAACACAACUUCUGGAAAGCCCUAGAAACCGCCUGUCCAUAUUACGAUAUGGAACAUUUUUGUUUUAAAUUUUUUUUUUCUUUUUUUCUUUUCUCUUCUCUCCCUACGUCCGUACAAUGUGGUGACUUGGGAAGCAUAGCCAGUCCAAACCUCGUAGGGGUUGGAACUUAUAAUAUUUACUUUUUACCCUUGUUUUUAUUCCCCCUUGUUUUUUAUUCCCCCUCUUAAAACUGAACUUGCUUGAAAAAUAUCCAAAAAGUUCAUUCGUGAUACACAAGCCAGAAAGCUUCCAAGGAUCGGGGCAAUCGUGUGGCUCGGUGAGCUCGUUUUGCAUUUGGGCCUGGAACCCCAAUUUUUAAUAAUUGUUCGCAGAAAAUCUCCAAACUUGACCUCCCCGUCGUAUGAAGUAAUUUCAACGAACGAAUUUCCUGAUUAGUAUAUUCUUCUUCUUUGCUACUCUUCAAUAAAAAAAAAGGCCUAGAUUCUUCUGAUGAAAUCAUUAAAACAAAGCAGCCGAGUCGGCUCGAAACAUGUAACUAGUAGUGAGAAAAAGGAAAAAUCUAUAUACAGGAUAGAGAGAAAUUUGCUUGGGAAUCUGACGAAUAAGUUAAGACAAAGCAAAAAAGGGAAAUAGGAAGUAAAAGAAAGAAAAUGGGUUGGAAAUUUAAAUGAACAUAGAAAGCGGUAGACUCGAGCGUUGAGGAAAGAUUAAUUUAUCCCAGAGAAACAAGACCAUCAAAGCGUGGAUAUAAUGCAGGGUAGGAAGGCAGGGAUACGCUUGAAUACUGUGAUUAAGAAAGACAUGCCAAUGUGGGUAGAAGCGGGAAACUAGGUAUCACCCAGGAAACCCCUCAGGCCUGAAAUGGCAGUGCAUAUCCGCUUCCAUGGCCCGGUGCUAGAUUUCGAUAAAACGAGGAAAGAGAGGGAAGAAGGAGGGCCAAAAUAAUUAUCGUAGUACGGUAACGCUGAGCAGCCAUAAUGACGUCGAGAGAGGGUAAAAGAAAAAAAUGAGAGAAAGAGAACAGAAUGUGAGUAAAAGAGUUGAAAUGCAGGAUGAGAAAUGGAUGUAUGAUACUGUACAUACAUGGGCAAGUGCUUCUUCUCCGUCUCCUUCUUCCUUAUCUCAUUCCUGGGCCCUUUUUCCGCGCAGUUACUCCGAGGGUAUCGUAUCCACAAAUAUGACUCGUCCAGCGAGGAAUGAUGAAUGUUGUUGACAUGACAGUGCAGAACAUCCUUAAAUUUCUUUUCUCUAAUUGAAUUUUGUGUGAAUUAUAUCCGGAUUCUCGUGCCAAUCGUCGAUGCUGACCCACAUCUAUAGCAAAUGAAAUACACAGUGAGCGUUAUUGAAAAGAGAAAGUAAGGUAUACAAAACGUGGAGGUUGUGCCACGAGAGGACUUGGAACGUACCUUUCUGAAAGUGCUUAGACCAGCCAGGAUACUGCCUCCAAUCCAUGUACUGUAUUUCCGUUCUGGGGGAGCAAAAAUCUUGAUUCUCAUGUCCUUAACAGCCAAUCUUUGAACUUCAUGUAGCAAUCUAUCUCCGAAGCCUCGACAUAGAGUUGAACCGCCAGAAAGGACAAUAUUGCCGAAGAGCGCCUUGCGCAGGUCCAUAUCGGUCCGAUUGAUCGCAUCGACGACGAUUUGAUGAACGCCAGGAUAUUCAAGACCAAUAAUUUCAGGAUCGAAAAGAAUUUCGGGAGCUCGAAACCGUUCCGCUCCAACCUAGUAUUCCCAAACCAAUUCAUCAGAAAAAGUGUGCCUUAAAGAGAGUGUGGUUGGGUAUAAGCACGUCGAGUGACGCUCACCUUCAGUUUGUGCCCGUCCGGAAGAGUAUAUUCCUGAGUUUUAGAGUCCACCUUCGAGACGUUUGUCGACCAGUCUUUUUCCUCUCUCUUUGGAUCCAAGGCCACAUAUCCCGUCUUCUCUUUGAUCAUUCUGACCACCUCUUUCUCAGCACUCGUAUGGAACACAUAGCCAUUUUUCCGCAGGAGCAACUGUAAGUACUCUGUAACAUCACGGCCCGCAACGUCAAUUCUUCUUAUGCUACUUGGCAUAGCGAAGCCCUCAUAGACGGGAACCGCAUGAGAAACACCAUCCCCAGAAUCUAACACAAUUCCUGUUGUUCGACCCGAAGCAUAGAGUGACAGCACCGCCUGAAUAGACGUGUAAAGGGCGGGUAUAUUAAAUUGCUCAAAUAGGAUCUGGGCGGCCGUGUCUCGGUUUGUCCGUGGAUUCAGCGGGGGCUCGGUCAAGAGGACGGGAUGCUCUUCGCUCAACGUCUUCAAUUCCCCCUCAUAAACCCACUGCCAAAUCUUCUCCAUGUCAUCCCAAUCCGUCACAAUUCCGUGCUCAAGGGGGUAUCGAAUUUUUAGGAGACCUCGUAGCUCUUGAGCUCUUUGUCCAAUAAAUACGUCGCCCUCCAACGCGCCGGCGAGGACUCGGAGGUGUUUUGGUCUACCGACGAAGGAGGGGAAAUAGCAUUUUGGAAGAUCCUCGCCCGCGAACCCAGCUCGUAUCGUCCCACUGCCAUUGUCAAGCACUAUAGGUGCAUUAUGCAAUGUCGUUUCUGCCAUGGUUCGUAGGAGUCUGUGCUGAGGGUGGAGGUUAGGGGUUGCGCUCGUAGAUAGACGUUGAGAUUGACGCACUCGCGGAUGGGGGCUGCAGCCGGCCGUAGGGUGAGGUCUAAGUAAUGAUAUGACCGUGGAAAUGAUAGAAAUAUGGUGUGAAUUGCGUGUAAAUUGGUGAGAUCACCCCGAAAUGAAGUUUUGUCUGUUUCGGCGAUUAGCGCAAUUCAAUUCAUGGGGUUCGUUAUUAUUUUUUGGCUGAGGUCAACACUAGGAGCUUGGACCAAGGUGCCGCAGCUCCCUCUGAUUUGUCUGGUCUGCAACAAGAAUGCCUAGCCAAAAUGUCACAGACUGAGAAGAAAGUUAAAUAUUUUGCAGA